ACAGUAAACCACAACAACUGGGUAAAGGAGAUGGCUGCCUGUCACUGUCUCACAAUGGGACAAGAAAAGCUCCAGGGACACCUCAAGCAAGUGCGGGGGGAGCAGGGAGGGGAAAGAAAAUGAUGCCUUGGGCUGGGCAGCUGAUCUCAGCCAGGCUCCUGGGACAGAGGCAGUUCCCGGCAAGCUGGCAGCUCCGCAGAGACAGCUCUGCCCAGGAGCAGCUCCUCUGCACAUUGCAGCAGGGCUAGGGACACUGCCUGCAGGGGGCAAUGGAAGAGAAGACAGACAGAGAUUAAAAGCUUUCUGAACUUGGAAUGCAAUUUAGAGUUCAUUGUGGGAGGAACCUUGACACCCACUCACACGGUAAGUCUCCUGCUGCAGGGCAAUAGGGAUGCAGUGUACAGACAGAUGCCCUAAAUUUGCACUUCCCAGAGAUUAUGGAUCUACUCGGAGCUUCAGCUCACCCUCAGCAUGUUUUCAAGAGGACUUUUCCUCCCGAAGCCGCAGGUGGAGCAGCGGCGCCGCGCCCGCCUCAACCACAGCCUCGAGCGGCUCCGGCUGCUGCUGCUUGCAGCCACCCGUGACCAGCGCCUCCGAAACCCCAAGGCGGAGAAGGCCGAGAUCCUACAGAAAACGGUGCAGUUCCUGCGGGCCCAGCCCCAAGCAGACCCCCCGGGGACGGAGGAGCUCUUCCUGCGGCACUACCGCAGCGGCUACCAGGAGUGCCUGGCCCGCGCUGCCCGCUUCCUGCAGGCCGCAGCUGCUGCCGAGCCCCCGCUGACCGGGCCAGGACCCCCAGCUCGUUGUCGCCGCCUGCUGCCGACACCCCCGGACCCUCCGCGCUGUGGGCCCGGCCUGGUUGCCGCGGGUACGGGCCCGGCCAUCACUGCCAUGGGCCGACUCCCAGGCCUGACUGUGCCAGUUGCCAUGGAAACAGCACAGGUUGCCUAGGCAACCCCUCUUGUUGCCUUGGCAAUCGCGCAGGUUGCCAUGGAGAUGGCUCCAGGUGCCCUAGUUACCAUGGUUACUGGCCUGGUUUCAGGCCUAGUUUGCAGCCAAGCACGGGGCCUACUCCUAGGCCUGACUGUGCCAGUUGCCAUGGCAACAGCACAGGUUGCCUGGGUGACCACCCUUGUUGCCCCGGCAAUGGUGUGGGUUGCCAUGGAGACGGCUCCAGGUGCCCUAGUAACCAUGGUUACGGGCCUAGUUUGAGGCCUAGUUCAGGGCCUACUUUUGGGCCUAAUGUGAGGCCUAGUUCGGGGUCCCACCACAGCCCUGUCGCUGGCCCUGUCGGCAGCCCCGAGGACUCAUGGCGGCGCUGCACCAAGGAGGGCCGGGGUGCGAGCACUGGGGAACUGCCAGGGCCCCACCAUGUCUGGAGGCCGUGGCCCUGAGGCUGGGCACCGGGGGCUCCACAGGCCCUGGGUGCCGGCCUGGGGGGGGAAGGGUUUGGGGGGUACUGGGAGGACUGGGGAUUUUAACUGGUAUACUGGGAGGAAGGCCCUUUUUAACUGGUGUACUGGGAGAAAGACCACUUUGCCGCUGGUAUACUAGGAGACAGGAGUGUUUUAACUAGUAUACUGGGAGGAGAAGGCUUUAUGACUUGGGGCGCACAGAGGGGGUUACUGGGAGAGCAGAUGGCCCUUAACUGGUAUACUGGGAAGAAGGGAGCUUUUCCUUUGUAUACUAGGAGGAUAGUGGGUCCUAACUGGUAUACUGGGAGAGGAGGGCAGGUUCAAACUGGUAUGCUGGGAGCAUGGGGAGGUUUACUGGGGGGGAGCUGGGUUUCCACCAGUAAACCGGGAGGACUGGUGGGGGGGGGGGGCUUCCUCGGCUCUGGAGCUGUCCCAGUUUCCCGUAGUUCGUUCCAGUCCUUCCAGUAUCCUCAAAUUCAAGGGUUCUGCUCCAAAACGCAGUCGCUGGGGGCUAGUUUUGUGGUGAAAAGGGGGAAUUUGGGGGUCCUUUAAACCCUUGUUUCCCAGUACAGGUGGAGCCUAAA